UGAUAGUUGAUAGCGAAUGGGGUGAUGGGCGCUUACAAGGUCAGAGGUUAUUUUUUUGUCGUGCACUUGUGAUGUUCCAGCACAUAUAAAAAGCAAGUGUAAAACUUACAGUCUCCUUUAAAGUCACCUAAUACACAAACCAUAUCCCAAUCAUGAAGAAAGUUACGAUCAUCGGUUCCGGCAAUUGGGGCACCGCAAUUGCAAGAAUCGUUGGGAAUAAUGUAAAAAAUUUUGAAGAAUUCGAUAACACUGUGAAGAUGUAUGUCUUUGAGGAACUUGUGGAUGGCAAGAAACUUAGUGAAAUCAUUAAUACCCAACACGAAAAUGUUAAAUAUUUACCUGGUUUCCAAAUUCCUGAUAAUGUUGUUGCAGUAACAGAUCCUCUAGAAGCUGCAGUAGAUGCUGACAUCCUAGUAUGGGUUUUGCCACACAAGUUUGUAAGAGGUGCUUGCACACCUCUUGUUGGUAAAAUUAAACCAACUGCAGUAGCUUUGUCACUGAUUAAGGGCUUUGACAUUCUUCCUGGAGGUGGCAUUGCACUAAUAUCGGAUGUGUUGCGGGAAAUGCUAAACAUAGAUGUAAGUGUAAUGAUGGGGGCUAAUUUGGCUGGUGAAGUUGCUGCUGGAAAGUUCUGCGAAUCCACCAUAGGUUCUAAAGAUCCACAAAUAGGGCAAAUGCUGAAGAAUAUAAUGCAGACAGAUUAUUUUCGAAUUGCUGUCGUAGAUGAUAUUCGUACUAUUGAAGUUUGCGGUGCCCUUAAAAAUAUUGUUGCAGUUGGAGCAGGUAUAGUUGAUGGUUUAGAACUUGGAGACAACAGUAAAGCUGCUGUCAUGCGAAUAGGAUUGAUGGAAAUGAUAACAUAUGCUAAAACCUUCUAUCCUGAAUCGCAGCUUAGUACAUUUUUUGAGAGCUGUGGUGUAGCAGAUUUAAUCACUACUUGUUAUGGUGGUCGUAAUCGCAAAAUUGCUGAAGCUUUUAUUAGGACUGGAAAGAGCAUGGAGCAGCUAGAAAAAGAAAUGUUGAAUGGACAGAGAAUGCAAGGUCCUCAAACUGCUGAAGAAGUAUAUAUAAUGCUGGAAAGCAAAGGAUUAUUAGAAAAGUUUCCUCUUCUUGUUGCUAUUCAUCGAAUUUGUACUGGCCAGUUGUCUCCUGUGCAAUUAAUUGAUUGUAUUCGUUCUUGAAUAUGUAUCAUGCAUCUCAUCCAAGUUGUUCACAUCUUAUCAGUGAAUAGUCUGAUCUUGAUAUAGAUUAAUCAUAUUUUGUGUACCUAAAAAAAAAAAAUAUUUUGUUUUAUAUGUUUUAAGUACUUGGUUUGUGAAUUCCCAAGGGAGCCACAUGUGAUAUUUUAUUCAGACUUUUUUUUUAUAUCAAUGGUUUGUGAUAAUUUUUUACCUAGUACCUGACUUAUAAUAUAGGGGCUGAUACUUGAUGCCUUUUGGUUAGUAUUUAAAUUAUAUUUUAUGUAUUUUAAGAUAUUUAAUUUUUUGACACUACCUAUUGUAUAAGGCUACAGAUCUGAACCUUAACUUCAAACUCAGUGUUUAAGUUUGGGUUCAGGGAAAAGUAUGCAUAUUGAAUCAAAUGUGGCUCCUGUGCUAAAUGUUUUUGUUAAUGAUUUUAAAGGGAAUGAAAUAUUGUAUUUUCUGGAGUUUUUUUAAUCCUUUUUGCCUGCAUGAAUUGACAAAAUAUGCGAGUUUCCACAAUCUUGAACCUUUUAAAAAUUGUUAUUCCUGCUGUUAAGAAUAUAUCUUGUUAACCCAUCUGUCUCUAUUAUACAGAGAAAUGCUUAUUAAACCAUGCCUUUACCAGUUACAUCAAAGAAUAUUAUUCUGGAGUUUUGCAUUCAGUUCAUUCAUUUUAUGUUUCUCCUAGGUUGUUCCUUUUGUUUGAAAUGCUUCACUCAUGUAAGCAGACCACAUUUAUUCUAUUUUGUGGACUGUUAAAUUAUUUUUUGAUGAUGUUUAUUUAGUCCUUUAUUUUUGGAAUGCCAGAAAUUUAUAAUUUUAUUUUAUUAUGUAUUAAAAAUAUUUUGAAUGUUUAUUGAUUUAACUCAUUUAAAUAUUUAUAAAGACCACACAUAAUAUAAGUAAUUUGUAGGUGCUCAAUAGUUAGAUUGAAGUAAUCUUGUUCAGUAGUUAGAUUGGAAUAAACCAUUUAAUUACCGAGUACCUAAAAUGCUCAUUGCAACUAUUGAACAUUUCAAGUGCUCAGGGUUUAGACUGUAGUAAACUUGAGCAGUUAUUUCACAUUUCGGUGUAAUUUUAUUUUAUAAAUUUUGCAUUUGUUUUAAUGUACAGGUUUUGAAAAUUGCCUGGUUUUGGUUAACUGUAAUUUAAUUUGAGAACGUCUCCAAAAUAGGGAGACUAUUAUUUUAAUUGAGUAUUUUGAAUCUGAAAUAUGAUUUUUAUUGAAGUACUUGUUUCAUAUCUUCAUCUUUAUUUUUUAUAGACAUGAGUAGUGUGCCAUGAAAUUCUUGUCUGUAUAUUUAUAUAUAUUAAGAAUAUAUUUAUGAGCAGUUUUUACUGCAAAUUUUAUCUAGUUUCAUUAUUUUCAUUUAUUACAUAUCGCAUAUUUUUGUAGCAAAGGGUUCAAAUAUUGUUAUGCUGAGGUGUUUAAAAGGUCACUAUUUUAUUGGUGUUAAUUCAUUACAUUUGUUUCUCUACCUCAGGUGUCUAGAAGUUAAAUUAAUCUUCAUUUUUAACUGUGAUUGUUUUUUAAUACUAGAAACUCCCAAGACUUUCAAAUGCAUUUGUGGUGCUUUGAUUUUUUAAUGCAGAUUCAAAGCCAGGAGUAUUUUAAAGUGUAAGGCUGUUUCUAAUGAUGCAAUCAUUAUUCAUCUAUUUCCCUUAAAAGUACUUUUUUUUUAAAACAAAGAACAGAAAAAUGUCUUUUUUAAUUUUAAAAUUCAAAGGUAUGCAGAGUUAAUUUUUCUAAUAUUUUGUUUUCUUUCAUUCCUUAGUUUUACAUCCUUUUUGUGUCAUAUGUAAUAUAACAGAUUUGAUAUUUUCAGAAAUAUAUAAACUACAAGUGCAGGAUUAUAUAAUUUUUGAUGGCAUGCUGUUUUUGUCUGUGCAGCUAGUUUCUUUUGUUUAAUUUUUAUUUGUGCAAUAUUUGUUUCUAGAAAUUUGAUUGCAUCAGUUUAGUAUAUGCCAAUGAAAAAUCUGUUAUAAUAAGAUAAAUGUAGUAAAAAAUAAAAAAAGAUUUUUUUGAAGAA